ACGUUUCCACGUCGCGCACCACAACCAGCGGGAGAGUUAAGCUCUUUCCCGUCGUCGAACUUCUCAUACAGACACAGACACAAACUGGAAGAAACUCUGUCUAAAGUCUAGGCUGACAGUGACACAUUCUCUCUCACGCUGUCUUGUUCCACACCGAGGAGGGGGGCGGGGUGUCAGCAUAGCGACAGAGAUAUUCCCCACAAGACUACUGCUCGUUGGACUGACUGAGUCUGAGUCGUUGGGUGGCCAAGGUGGAGAGGGAGAAGCGACUGAGACCCUUUGAGAAUUUCCAACAGCUUCUCAUAUUUACGUUGUCUUCUGCUCCGACCCGACCAGCGGUCUUCAGCAUCGCUCUCCCUGCGACUACAGUUCACUUUAUCCCGCACGCCUCCUGUCCUUGCGCGAAGAAGGCAGAAGCUCCCCAAACGACUGCCGAGGUGGAGGAGACCCGGUCCUCGGAAAGGUCCAAGCAUCUGUCUGAGGUCAGAGGGAGUGGGAGUCUGUAAAUGGGGAACACUGAGCACUAGCUUCUCAUCAGAUCUCCUGAAAGAGGGAAAUGAAACCAAGCCGUCCAUCCACCUAGACCACUGUGGAGCUGUAGAGAUGACCAUGAGGAUUUACACAGAAUUACCCAACAGGACGAAGAGCUGAUCGCCAGACACACAGCGAAGCAGCAAUACUGGGCUUUCCUGAGAGACCAAUGGAUUUGUCUCUUUAAAAAAAUAUAUCAAUCCCAUUGGUUCUUUUGAUUUUGAAGAGGAUCGGAUUGGUCAGAUGACUUCCAUCUACGCGGCAUACCGACUCCCUGGUAGCCGAGCCUAAGCGGAGCGGGUUGGACGGACCCUCCCUCCUCCACCUCCUCCCCCCCAUCAUCCUCCUCCUUCAGUGUCCCGGUCCGUGCCGUGUUUGUGUCUAUCCGCCGGGGUCGGCGAAGCAUGCUGGCAGUAUGGACGUGAAGGAACGCAGGCCCUACUGCUCGCUGACCAAGAGCAGGCGCGACAAGGAGCGGCGCUACACGGGCUCGUCUGGCGACAGCGAGGAGUGCGGCAGCGGCGGCCCCGGACCGAGGGUACCCACCCAGAAGUCGUACAGCUCCAGCGAGACGCUCAAGGCCUUCGACCACCAGGACUCCUCCAGACUAUUGUACAGCAGCAGAGUGAAGGAGAUGGUGCACCGUGAACAGGACGAGUACACCCGACAAGGGCAGAACUUCAACCUGAGACAACUGGGGAUCUGCGAGCCGUCCACGCGCCGCGGCCUGGCCUUCUGCUCCGAGAUGGGCCUCCCCCACCGCGGCUACUCGGCCGGCGCCGGCUCCGACGUGGACACCGAGAACGAGGGCGUGAUGUCACCGGAGCGCGCCAUGCGGCUGUGGGGCCGCGGGGUGAAGUCGGGCGGCCGGAACUCGUGCCUGUCCAGCCGGUCCAACUCGGCCCUGACCCUCACCGACACAGAGCACGAAAACAAGUCGGACAGCGAUAAUGGUUCUCCCAUGCCAUCCUCUCUACCCAGCCCAUCAGUUACUGACCAUUCACACUCGCAACCACCAUCACCCAAUCUCCAUGACAACCAGAGCUCGUUGCUAAGUAGCGCCAGCGCCCAUCCGGCGGUCCAUGAGUCGGACGAGGACGAGGAAGAGUACACAGCCACGCUGUACUUACCUGUAACGCAGGUCACAGCUCACAGCCACCACGGCCUCGCCUGUAAUGAGCAACCGUCCAAUCACCACCAGCAGGGCCAGUCCACGCUGCCGCCAGCCCCGCCUCCCCACAAGCAGCAGCCGUCGGUCACCGCGCUCAACCACAACUCCCUGAGCAGCCGCAACCGUAACCCCAGCCCGGCCCCACCGGCCGCCCUCCCCGCCGAGCUGCAAACCACACCCGAGUCCGUGCCGCUGCAGGACAGCUGGGUCCUGGGCAGCAAUGUGCCACUGGAGAGCAGAAAAUUAGCAAAGCAAGCCGUUCUGGAAAACGGGCAUGACAACCUGAUAGAGAUGGAUGUGUUCCCUCCCGCGUGCCACGAAGGCGCCUAUGGGGAUGGGCACUUCCUCUUCAAGACAGGCACCGGCACGACCCCUCUGUUCAGCACGGCUACUCCAGGCUACACCAUGGCAACGGGCUCCGUCUACUCGCCGCCCACGCGGCCCCUACCCAGAAACACCCUCUCCCGCUCCGCCUUCAAGUUUAAGAAGUCCUCCAAGUACUGCUCGUGGAGAUGCACUGCUCUCAGCGCCGUGGGACUGUCCGUCCUGCUGUCUGUCCUGCUCUGCUAUUGCAUAGGUAGGAUAGUACUGCUACUGUGUAAACACCUACACUCACACUCACUCUGUAGUGGAUACCUUAUACAGAUGUAGGAUCUUAAUUUGAACACUCUUUUGUUACUGCGAAUUUUCCUGAAUGCAGAUGAGCUACAUGAUUGACAAAUUCACUGAUAACGCACACUAACACAUGGUUACAUUAAGAGUAUUUCAUGUAUUUCCAUGUAGCCUUUUUCAGUCAAAAUGAUGGACUAAAUGUAAAAAUCCUGUUGCUGCAGUAUUCUUUUGCUCGUAACUAUACUGGUCAAAUUAAGAUCUAACAUAAUGUAGGUAACCGUUGGAUCAGCUGUGAAAGUAAAUUGGGUAACCAUUCAGUAACGAUCGCACACUGUAAGGUCACCUCAGGUGACCAACUCCAAUAUUUUAAAACCACACUCUCCCAAAUCUAGCAUCUACCACAUCAAACGGGUACAUAAGGUUUAGACAAAGCAGUAACCAACCACAGCUGUCUAUCGCUGAGGCCCCAGGGCUCUCUUCCGCUUUGCUUUAGUUUACAUUCCUUCGACAGCGCUGUAAAUGCCAAUCUGAUAGCGACAGCGUUUCCUAUCACUGACAUUGGACACACGCUCAGCCUUAAACAAGCACAGUGAUUGCUCAGCCUUAAACAAGCACAGUGAUUGCUCAGCCUUAAACAAGCACAGUGAUUGCUCAGCCUUUGAUUAUAAACCCUGAAUAGUUUCAGUUUCCAGCUGGCGCGGAGGAGUAUUGUUGACACACACACACAGGAGUGUGUUGCCACAGUACCCCGAUGCCUCUAUCCAGUUGUUGUGACUAGCUGUGAUAGAUAGCAAAUGCAGCAGCUAUUGCUCAUAGAGAGUGCGUGUGUGUGUGUGUGUGU